CUUAGAGCCAAGUGUGCAAAAGAUAGUGAGAUUUUUUUUUUUUUUUUAAUUUUCAGUUCAUAAAUAUGUUUACUGUGUUAACUGCUGUGUUAGAUUAGCCUUUGCCUUUAUUAAUGGUUACUCACUGUCUGUACUUAGACUUAGAAUGUAAUUUUACUGCACUCAGUCUGAAUAAAUACUUCAUUUAAAUUCAAUUUCAAGUAGGCCUAUUAAGUUAAAGUUAAAGUAAGUUACUACGUACUUCACUCAAACUUUCAAAGUUGUUAUUAUAUAUUAAUAAUAUUAAUGAAACUUAUACUUAUAUCUUUAGUCUUUAGAAAGGACUCAGUGUUCAGUGUUAGAAUUUGAAGUAUCUCCUUUCCAUUGAAAAAAAAAAGGAUACCAAGUUCAUUUUUCUAUCUUGGUAUUAUUAGAAAAAAAGUUGUCGCAUUUUUGGUGUCAGAAUUUGGCCUUCUGUAGGCCUUAGCCUUAGUAAAUAAUUACCAAAAUUGUUUGAUCGAAAAAAGACAUCUUUGACACUCAAGAAUGUCAAGAUGCGAUAGCUUUUUGUCAGCAAAGUUAAAGCUCUGAAAUUUUCAGCGCAUUUCAAUUAAGAAUUUCGCUUUAUUCUUUACUCAGGCCUAAUCUACUGUGAUGCCACACAUUUGCCAGUUUACAGCAGCCGCUAGAGUAAGUCUUAUAAGUUAAAGGACCUUAAUGAAAUAAUGAAUAACUUUAAUUAAGUGUGUAUUGAAAUGUUAUACUUUCAGAGGUUUAACAAUAUUGACAAAGGCAUUAAGUGGCCUAUAGUAUAUUAUGAUAGGCUUAUACAUUCAUAGUUAUGGAAAAAAAACAGAAUAAUGACCACUGACAAUCAACAACAUCCUACUUUUAAAAAAAAACAUUUAAAUACUUUAAUAAUUUGAUUUUGAUGUUAUUAUUUAAUUAUUUUUAUCACUUUCCCUCAGUAACUGAGUCAGACUCUGUAACAGGUGAAAAAAAUUAUAACUCACUAAAUUGACUAAAAUUUAGUCACUUAAGUGAGUCAAAGUUAUUACAUUUAUAUAAUUUAUUUACUUGUCUUGAGUUUAAACGUUAUAAUCCAAAUGAAUAAAAAAUUGGAGAAAAAACAUUUUGUUAUUUAGAAGUAGGUUACAUCUGAUUUUUAAAAUCUUUUUGGGAAAUUUAUUUAAGAAUCUUACUACAACUUGUAAGGUCAAAUUUGUAAGUGGGGGAGGAGCAAGGUUUGUGCUUGUAUAUUUGAAGAGGGUCCUAAGAUGUGGAAAAGGGUACCAAGAAUAUACCAACUUUUAUCUGAUAUUUCAAAUUUAUUUGUUUCAGGUUAAUGAAUAUAUAUAUUAUAUAUCCUGAAAUUAUGAAUUUCCUUAAGUGAUUUCCUUACUUUUAUUGUGCUUAAUCAAUGAUCUUAAAAUAUUAAUAAUAUACAUUUUUAUUUUUUAAAAUCAGAAUGAGAGUGAGAGCACAAAUUAAUAAUCAAUUUUUUUCAUAAGGCAUAAGGUAACAGCUGUAGAUAAGUCUUACAUAGCUAUUGGAUUUAAAUAGUGAAAUAGUGUUUCAUUUAUGGCUGUUGGAGAUCCUAUUGACUCUAUGUUAUCCAUGUUUCAAAUAUGUUAACAUGAAAUGCACAAACAAGGAAAUCUAUGACAGUGGCAUUGUGAUAAACUCAUUGUUCAAGUGGCUUUUGUUAAAACCUAGAUUUUGAUUAUGCUAAUCAGCAGGAAGUGCAUCACAGUGAAUCAUUAGAUCCUACAAUAAACCAUUAAUUAUUAUUUUUUCUAAAAAUUACUUUAUAACUUUAUAGGUUCCAAAGCAUCACAUUUGAGGGGUCAGAGUAAUCAGACGAACCCCCCAAGCUUAUCAGGGACUUCUGAUAAAAAAAUAAAAAAAUUUAACUUUCAUAAGUGAGCUCAGUCACUAUGGGUAAAGACGAUGAUAAAAAUGGUAAGUUCAUGAGCCUGUUAAGGUAUUGACAAAACUUUUUCUUAAAAGUCAUAAUGACAUUAAGCUAUGACUCAGGCAAGUUAUCAGUCAGCCAGAUUUAUGACCUACAUUUAAUCAACAAGAUUAAAACUGACAGGAAAAAAUUUGACCUAAUUUAUCUGUAACUGAGAUUCCAUUUUGUUGCAGUGUUAAAGAGAGGGUCGGUUUCUAAAAAGGACCUCAUGGAUGAACAUGUACGUCUGGUGCAAAAAGAAAAAGAGCUGAGCCAGAAAUAUGAUGAGGUGAAGGCCAUCUUCCAGGUUAGUUUGUAUUGUGUUCAUUUGUUAUCAGGAGAGCUCCUACAGCCAACAGUGGUCAAACUCAAAUAGCCAAAGGUGGGAAAUGUAAUCAAUGACUUGAACUUUAAACACUGAGUGAAAGUAGGUUAUGUAUCCUGUGCUAUGAGAGGCCUUCAACUCCUUUCCUUCAUAUGUAGAAAGGAAUGAAGUAUUACAGAAUGGUAAUUUCAAAUACCUGGUACUUAUCAUUAUUAAAAAUGAUGGUGUCUCAAGCAAAUCUAUAUAGCUUUUUAAAAUAUGAAUAGUGGUUUGAUGGGCAAGAUAAUAAUUGAAGCUGCAAAAUACCAUGUCAGGUGCAAAGAAUAAUGUUGACUUAUAAUAAUGUAUAUAUUCAUAUCAAUACUCUAAUCCAGUGGUUUUCUACUGGUGCUCAGCAGAGCCCUAAGGUUAGAGAUAUAAAGUAAAAUGUUGACUUUAAAUGUAUAUAUUCAUGUCAGUGAUUGUCAAUACACUAAUUGAAGGUUCCCAACUUGUGCUUAGCAGAACCCUAACCCUGCGGCAGCUCCCUCACCCCGUAAUAAUAUUAGCUAGGCUUAAGGAGCUCCCCCAUCCCCAUUGAAGUUGAUUUUGAAAAAGGCUCACUAAGUUUGAGAACCACUACCUUAAACUGCUUUGGAAAUUAUAGAGAGCAGUGUCUUAACAUUUAUUAAAUAGAUUUGAUGGUACUUGUACUUGAAAGAAUAGGCUAAAAGCUAUCAGCCACCUCUGACUCUGACAAGAGGAAUUUCAAUGUAAUUUCAGAAGCUAGAUGAAGCCUAUCAAACAUCUAAGGGGACAUUUUCAGUCCAGAGAUAUGGCAAGCUCAAAGAUAUGAUUAAAAGCGCAACGAGUGAGUCAAACAUCCAACAGAUACAGCAGGCCAUCCAAGCAUCACCGGGCCAGACUGCUGGUACAAAUUUGAGAGUUUUAAAAUAAUUUUUUUCCAUAAAAUAGAUUAAACUGACGCAUAAUGUAUUUAAUAUUAAAAAAACCUGUUUUGAUCUGUUGAGUAUUAAGAUAUUUGUUAGAUAGAUUUUCUCUUUGCCAGUUGACAGAAAGAACUAACACUCAAAGAUUUAUUUAAAUAAAAUUUUGGUCUCUACACAGCUGGCACUUUUGCUGGACUUAAAUGACUUUCUCAUGUCAACGUUUCAUUGGUCACCUGUCAACAGUUCAUUGGCCACCUGUCUUUGUAAGAAUAUAUUCAGGUUUUUUUAUAAAAAGUUAUUAUUUGUGCACAGAGAUAAAAUAUUUAAUGGUUUGAACUCCUGGUUUGUUUCAGCCUGGUCCGGCCUGACGGGUCUGUUGAGUAAAGCCAAAGUGUUAUCAGGGGAAUCCCAGGAUCCGGCACUGGCACAGCCUCCAGCCAAAGCUCCUGAGAAGUCUUCUAGCUUUAUUAAGAAAAUAAAAAAAUUGACAGGGUUUUCUGACGAUCCUAUUACAGGUUUGAAAUAUUUUUUUCUUCUCUUUGUUAAUUUACAUCUCUACUUUGCCUGAGAGUUGACUUAUAAAACCUUUUAUUCCUCUAGGAUUUUCAUUUUAAAAAGCAACAACCAAACUACCAUAUUCAUCUUAUUUUCUUUCCAAAAAACAGGAUAAAUGUAAAUGUUAAGUUUCAUACAUUGACCAGCUACUACCUAACUUUCUUUGAAUGUAUACUUGCUCUCUUGCCCACACAAAUGGAAGCAAAUCCAAAUGAAGGAAAUUUUAUGAUCAUGAUAAAUAAUAUUGUUUUAGAAAUAAUCUUUUAAGUUGACCAGUGCAAUUUCAAUUUCCUGUUGUCACCCGCCUGCGGAACUAUUAUCUACCCAUGUAAAGGUAUCGAUUUUUAAAGUUUAUUUCAGAUCAUAUAAGAUCAUUGUUCUGUACAGUUACAUGGCUUUCCAAAUUUAAUCUAUUUUAAGAUUUGGCUUGUUAGAUAAACAAUACGUAACAAAGCCAGAAUACAAAGAAAAACGAUACCAAAGAUAGUGAUUUAACAAUUUUCAGUUUAAUUAUACUAUUAAUUUUAUAUAUAAAUGCAAAAUCAAAAAUACAGAAAUAAAAGCUACCUUAACUUACAGCACAUCAAGUGAAAAGGUAUAAUCCUUGAAAGAUACAAAAAUAUUACAUAUUAAUGAAUACACAGACAAAGAGUACAAUCUUGUAAGGCUCCUUUGUGUACACUAUUUUAUCUCUCUUUAUGAAUAUAUACAUAUAUAUUAAAUGAGUGUAUGGUAGUUUAGUUGCUAGGUGCCUGGAACAAGCGUCAUGCUUUACAAGCCACGGCUAGUGGGAAUUUGGCAGACCACGGCAGGUUCUAAUUUGUAGUAGAUGGUUAAGUUUGAUUUUGUAAAUUUAAAAAAAAAUUGUGCCAUUUUUUUGCAGACGCAAAAUAAAAAUUUAAAAAAAGGCAGAUGUGGGAAAAUAAAAAAAAUAUUAUUCAAAAUUAGGCUCUUAAAAUCUAAAGGAAAUCAAUAAAAAUCACAUUAAUGUUGGUUCCCUCCUCUAUAAUUAACAUUUUAAAAAAUUUUGGGGGUUGGUAAGGAGUGAUGGGUGCUGUCCAUGGCUGGACAGGGGUAGAUGGUGAUGAGGUCAAGCUUUUCACCAGUUGUUGUUUUUAUACGUAUGUAGAUGUUUACGUUUAUGUAAUUGUUAAUUUUUAUGUAAAGUGCAGUGAGCCUGGCCCUAGGCUGGGGUACUCCGCUAUGUAAAAACACAUAAUAAUACAAAUAAUAAUAAUUCAGCUUUUGAUUUGAUAAAUAAUGACAGAUUAAAAUUAAAUGUUUUUUUUUUAAUGUAGAUGAAGAAGUCAUGUCUGAAGCUCAACUGACGAGGGACAACGGCAGGAAACAACGAGCCAUCACAUUGUUGACCAACCAACUAUCGAAAGCUGUAACCCAACUUGAGAAACUGAGACAAUAUUAUGAGGCAUCAAAGUCACACGCACCACCAAAACGUUAUCAAGAGCUAAAGGAAAUGAUAAAAAAUGCGUGUGCUGAAAAAUUUUAAUGGAGUCCUCAUAGUAAACAAAGAACUGGGAAUUAAUUUAAUGGAGUCCUCAUACUAACCAUAGAACUGGGAAUUACUUUGCUUUGGACCAAACAAAAAAAUUUAAAAUUCUUAAGGUCGAUAAUUAUAAUUGUUUGUAAAACUUUUUUUUUUGAUUCUCAGCUAUCACUUUAACCUUAAUGAUCAUUAAAUUGUAACUAUUUCAAAAAGUAAGGUAGCACCGAUAAAUUAACAUCAAUAGAUUUUCAUUCCAUAUUCUAUUUUAAACAGAGUGCUUAUAUUUUUCAAAACUUUAAAAGAAAAACAAUUUUAUCCUAUCAUAAUUCUUAUCUCUUAAAACCCAUCCGCAUUUACAUAAAAUGUUUUUUAAACAAAUUGCUUGCUGUGUCAAAAGAUGACGAUGACAUGUGUACAUUCUUAUUUCUGAACAAUGUGUCAAUGUAUGAAACUAUUUUAUCUUUUUUUAUAUUAAAAAUGUUGUAUUUCAUUUACUCUCUGACAUAAUGGUGACAAUAUUUAUUCCAAUAUUCAUAUAAGUUCAUAUAUAAAAUUUUAAAACUUGUUUUCAACGCUAUGAAUAUUUAUUAAGAUAGAUUCCUGGAUGGCUGAUUAUUAAUUGUGGGCUUAAUUCUUCUUAUUGGCAUUUUCCCUGCAGCAAAAUCAAACCAUAGUUUCAUUAGUGCAAUUCAUUAAUGGUAGUGGCAUUGGUUAAAUAUGAAAUGACAGAAAACUGAACUGACUACACAAAAUUAAAGGAGCUUUCAUAACAUUAUGAGGUUUAUUGAUUGAUACAACCAGAAAUGUCAAGGCCCAUAAUUUUUUAACUGUUUAUUCUGAAACCAAGUUACGCCAAGUCAAAGGCAUGUUCUUAUAAUCAAUGAAUGUUGUUAUUAUUAUUAAAGCUGAAAUGUUAAUUUUGGAGGUGUUGAGGGGGAAUUUUAAUGUUAUGUCCCCUUGCAAGGGGUUUAACAUAUUUUUAAGUCAGUCUGUGUGCUUGCCUUGACCUGUGUAAGUGUACUUACUUCGACGUGUGUUUGAUAUGUAAAUAUAAUAAAAUUAUUAACCUUAUUUAUUACAAACCAUUGAGAGAUUAAUUACUAAGAUUCUAAUAGCUCUGAAAUACUGUAACAAUAUUUUUUUUUCUAAAUAGUUGACUCUUCAGACCAAAGUAUAAGCCUUGUCCUUUUGUUAUGAGAUUAUUUGUAUGGUUCAGAAAGAUAUCUUUAAUUGUUAAAAUGAAGUUCAGUUAUGUUUAAAAAACAAUAACAAAAAAAAAACACCUUUUGUCUGCAAUAAUUUCUCCUGCUGAGAUAAUGGCACAAUCUCACGGGACAUUUUUAAAGUUAUUUUUUAAAAAAAUAUUGUUGUGCCUGUGAACCCAUGCAGCCUCAAGUGCCAUACUAUUUCACAUACAAAGUGUUCAUAUGAUCAUGUUAUUCCCUCUGCUUAAAAGUUGGUUGUGCCUUCCUAGUGAUAUUUAUUCAAAAGCUGCAAUCCAUUUGUGAGAUGUUUUCACAAUGUUCAGGUCACGCCAUUUGUGAUCUGCAAACAUUACCUUCGACUGUCUUCAACAGUUGUGUUGUCUUCUUUAACAAUUUCACUGUGUUAUGCGUGACCUUUCAACUUUGCAGAAUGUAAAUAAAUGACAAGUUAAGUUUUCCAUUUGUAUUUUUCAGGAUUUCGUUACUUUCUUUGAAGUUCUCGUUCUCAGAUAAUUUUCUUUAAAUGGCAUAUUUAAAAUAAUUGUAUUUUUAUUUUAUGCCGGAUUAGACUUUUAUUUUUUAUGGAUUAGUUUUAUAAAAAAUGAAUUUAGUUUUAUAUUGCGCCUGAUGAGGUCAUUUUUGUGAAUUAUUUUAAGUGAAUUUAUUUUUCACCAUGUAAACCCCAGUAACUUUAACUUUGAUAUCUUUUAUUUUGUUUUUGAAAUGAUUUUUUUGAAAAAUAUUCCUCUUUUGAGUUAUUUUCCUAUGUUGUAGACAUUAUUUUUGGUAUAUGCUUGUGUAUAAUUAUAAUUCUUUUCUAACUAUAAUAUUAGGAAUAAAUCUCAUGUUACGAUUCUCUGUCGUGUAGAAUGAUUUAUGUGAUGAGUAGAAACUUGAACAUCUGGUCACAGGUCAUUCUGACUCGUAUGUUUUCAUUGAGAGAUUAGUUACCAAGACUCUCUAAGUAAUGAUUGUUUUUGCUGCCCUCUUGGAUACUACUUCUCAGCUAAAUGCUAUUUUUUAAUUUUAUUCUGUUUUUUCUGUUUGUUCUCUGGCGAAGGCUUCCUGCCGACACGUUCGUUGUUUUGUUACGUUGCUUAUUUCAGAUUUAACCACCUUAAUUUGUUUUACUAAUUACUAGGGGUCGCAAAACCGGUCCGUUUUACCAAAACCGUUAUUUUCAAUAUUGAAGUUUACAAAUACCGGAAUGCGGUAUUUUCGAUAUUGUCAAUAUUUAGAGAAUUUCGUGUCGAGCUUAGAGGUGAUGAUUUAUUAAAGGAAUAAAAACAAUAAAAAAAAAUAGCAUUUUGAUUUUUAACAAGUUUUUAACAAUAACACAAAUGCCUAACUUCAGACAUUAUCAAAUUUUCAAGUAAUUUGUGUAGUUUUAAUCUUUGGUCAAAUUCAAAUAAUGAGAACGUAAAAAUGACAACGUGUCUAAUGUUUGAAUGUUACAUUUCGAGCGCAAAUGGUAACAUGUAACCAGAGGACAAGAACUUCGGCUCAGUCUCCACAAGACCAAACUGAUGUCUUUGUUUCCCAUAGUUUCAUCAUAUGCUUGUCAUAGUUUGGUUGAUUUUAAUCAGUGUCCCCCAUUUUUCUUUCUAUCAACAAGAAGGGGAAAUAAAGCAUUAAGGAAAAUGUAUUGAUUCAAUCUAUUUAUUGGUUGGACACGUUCAACUUUAAAAAAAAUUUUAAAAAAUUUUCAUGUAAAUUUUUGGCUAAGUAUGGUACAGACAAACGGGGACAUUCAGUCAUGUAAAUGUUUGGCUAGGAACAGUACAGAUAAACGGAGACAUUCAGUCAUGUAAAUGUUUGGCUCGGAACAGACAAACUGGGACAUUCAGCCUGUGACAAAAUAGCUCGUAUAUCAAUUAUGAGGUAAAUGUGAAUUAUUAAUAUUGUUUUCACAAAAUAGUAGUAACAUACUUUUUCUAUGUCUUAAACUUGAGGUAUUUGAUUAUCAAAAUAUGGAUUUACUCAUAGUUUUAAAUAUGUAGAUAUUAUGGCAUAAUUAAAGGAAAUCAAGCCAUCCAACAUUUGUGUUAUCCCCCGUGUUUCCAAUGCAGCGUGUUAU